UCGGUGUGUGUAUCGUGGCUAUUUAUACGUAGGCAAUGUGUCGCAAGUGUUUUGAUUGACCAAGCCAGAGAGUAACAUGCCAGAGGGUAACAGCAGCAGCAAUGAGCAGCACAUAAAUCCAGAACACUUCCCAGACAAUAGACCGGAGCAGCGAGCACAGAACUUCUCGUUUGCCACCAGCUAUCCCUAUGCACCAGGACGCAGCACCAACAACCACAACACUAACAACAACAGCCACAACAACAACAACAAGAGCAUCCAUCAGCAAACGGCGUACAACGUGCAACGCUAUCAGAGUCCUUACAACUUUCAGCACGUGGUCACCAACGCCUUCUCCGUGCUGCACAAUUCCGUGGAGCUAGACGAGCAGAGCACAGCACAGCACUCGAAGCCCAAUCAGGCCAUUGUGCGUCCCAUCAUUCGCGAACAGUCGGAACAUGUUGAUGAGCCCAUUGUCGCUGCGGGCAGCAUUUCAUCGAAUCCGCCGCUGACCACGCGCUCGUUCUUCUCGCGCAGCACACAGGAGGUGCGCAGCUUCGCCGAUGAGCUGAGCCAGAAGCUGCGCUUCCUGGCGCCGGACGAGAACUACGGACGCGGCGGCGGCGGUAGCAGCGGUCAUAGCAGUGCCACCGCCGCCUCCGGUGCCUGGCUAUCCGGACGGCAGAUGGAGCGACCACGUUUCGAGACGACCGUGCCCACGGGCAUCUUUCUGCCGCCGCCGCAUGAGCUGCAAAUGCUGCCCCCAUCCAUGUUGCGGCGUCAUGUCUAUGCCUACUCCUCCUAUCCCAUGAUCCUGCACAACUACUAUAAUGCCAGCAACCAAACCAAUAACAACAACAACAACAACAAUAGCAUUCAGAACCCGAAUCAGAACAAGGACACCAAUCGCCAGAUAUCGCAGAAUGAUAAGGAAAAUAACAAAGCCUCCACCAGGCAGAACGGUGUGCGUGCCACAGCGGCUGUGGCAGCUGCCACUGCUGCUGCGGCGGCCCCCAAAGGCGAUGGCUCCUCUCUGGCCGGUGGCCUGCACAUAACCAAGGCGCAGUUCCAGCAACAGCUGCAGCAGCGACGCAAUUUUAAUAGCGACAAGAGGCCCGUCGUGCCGCCGCCAGAGCCAUAUAUGAACAUGAUGUACGACCGUCGCGUCAUAAAGGGAAGCAACUUUGGUACUCCGUCAAUGCUAGCGGAGGUGGAUCCAUUUGACAAGGCUGCUGAACUACGGCGCCGUAAUAUGCUGCGCAAGCGUUCGAUGCAGUGCCGCAAUCAGCGCAAUGUCUUAGGCACACCACCGCCAGUACAAGGACGAAAGCACGAGAACAUACAAACGGAGAAAUAUUUGGAGAAGCUGGUCCAACGUCCACCAGAAUACUCAGUAGACACACAGACCGAUCUGUUUCUGGAGAAGCCGCCUACCCCACCCUAUGUGCCCGCCAAGGUCGGCGUCGAUGUGGCCACUGAGAUUGGCGAAGGCGAACUGUUUCACUUUGAUGCAGAGGCUCAGCCGAUCAUUGAUGUCCUGGUCGAUUCCUGUAUUGAGCAGAGCAUGCUUGAGGUGGCUCACGAAAUGGAACUGGCUGCGCUGCGUCGCAAGCAAGAAGAAUUCCUGGCUCAACGCGAGGCAGAGCUGGCCGAGCUUCGUCGUCUCGAAGCCGAAGAGCUGCGCUUGCAGGCUGAGAAAGAUCGUCGUUUGCGCCAAGAUGCCAUUGCCAAGGAGCUGGAUGAGGAGAUGCAGAAGAGUGUGACAGCAGCUAAACUGUUGCAAGGACAUAUUGCCAGUCUGGUACCCGAGGUGCUGGAGAACAUUGAGCCGGCUAGCGAUGCUGUUAAGAAGGAACAACUAAUGAAGGAGGUUUGCCCCUGGCUAUCUGCAGAAGUGGCCCAAGAAGUUGGACACAUUGUCGACUCUCGCGAAAUACUUACAGCCAUUAUAUUGGAGAUUAUCAAGCAACGUGCAGCUGCCUAUAUUGGGUACAAGGAAGAGGAGCCCGAGGCAUCGGCCUCGGAUGUCGGCAUUUGCGAAGAGGAAGGAUGCACAAUCGACGAUAUGGAGACAUGUCCAUGCGAACCGGAAACCGAAUAUUCCGAAUGUCCAGAGUCUCAGCCAGAGCCACCGCAUCUGUGAGAAUUGGGACAUAAUUAAGAAUAUGAUAAGACACGACUUAGUUCAGUUAAGUUUCGAGUUUGAGGCCUGCCCGACUGCAGCUAAGUGCGCAUACUAACAAAUCCAUAUAACAACUGCAUUGUAAUUGUGUCUGGCAACAGGCGGACGAAACACGGCCGCAUGCUGCCACACACAAUUUCAUUAGCGUGAAAAUUGUUGCAUCAAAAGUAAGCAAACAUUGUUAAAGAUUUAUGUUUUACCGGAGUAUUCAGCAAUAAAGACAAAAAAA